CCCACCAAACCGAGCGCCAUCGCCAUGGCGGCGGUGCCACUGCCACCUCCCGCCGCGAGCAUGGCGCAGCCACUAGCUGCGGUCGCCGUCGCGGUGGCGAGACUUCGGCCAUUCCGCCUCUGUGCGACCCCGCACGCCUCCGUGUCGUCUUCGCCCUCUCCUUCCACCUCGGCCGUCUCCAGCCCGCCGCCGCCCGCGAGGCAUUCCCGCAAGCAGCUGGUGGGCAGGGACGGCGCCCCGGCGAAGCCCGCGGCGAAACCUCGGGUGUUCUUCCUCGACGUCAACCCUAUCUGCUUCCGCGGAUCCCAACGCAGCCUCAGCGCCUUCGCGCGCUGGCUCGCGCUCUUCUUCGCGCACGUCAGUCUCCGCGACCCCGUCGUCGCCGUUUUGGACGGAGAGGGUGGGAACGAGUACCGGAGGCGGCUGCUCCCGUCCUACAAGGCACACCGACCUCGCGGCCCUGGUACAGGCGCCGACUCGCGCGUCGUCGACGUUCUUCGCGAGUGCAAUGUUCCGGUUGUCAGAGUCGACGGGUACGAGGCAGACGAUGUAGUGGCUACUUUAACAGAGCAAGUUUUACAGAAAGAUUAUAGAGUUGUCAUCGGCUCACCAGACAAGGACUUCAAGCAGCUGAUAUCUGAAGAUGUCCAGUUAGUUAUGCCCAUUCCUGAGAUUGGCCGUUGGUCCUUCUAUACGCUGAGGCAUUAUAUUGCACAGUACAAGUGUGACCCAACUGCAGAUUUGAGCCUCAGGUGCUUCAUUGGUGAUGAAGCAGAUGGUGUGCCAGGAAUCCAGAACCUUGUUCCUGGUUUUGGUCGAAAAACUGCAGUAAAACUACUAAAGAAACAUGGUUCAUUGGAAAACUUGCUUCGUACAGCUGCAGUUAGAACCGUUGGCAAGGAUUAUGCUCAGGAUGCCCUAGUUAAGCAUGCAGAUUACCUUCGGAAAAAUUACGAAGUUCUCAGCUUAAAGAGGGAUGUAAAUGUACAGCUUGACGACAGAUGGUUAUCCACAAGAGACUCGCGCAAUGACAGCAGUGUUUUGUCUGACUUCAUCCUUAAAUUUAACGAAGGGCAGAAGAUAAAUAGCAGGUAGUCAAUUUUCGUACCAACCAUGUUUCUUCAUCACAAUCUCUAUGUAAAUUAAAACAAAAUAGAGAUGAAUUGAUAAUUGGAAUACUAGUUAGAAAUAAUUAUUUCUUGCCAAUUUGUUGUGCCAUUUGCUUGUUUCAGGGUUUUCAUAGACUGUAGUAUGAAAGUAUCUAUCUAUCAACCAAUCAUACUAUAAUGAUACCUCGAAAGUCAUCAUGUUCACUCUAGAGGCUAGAAAUUACCACAUUAAUCCAAAAAUAAAAGGCAAAAUUUGCUA